AAGGAAAAUUAAAGCCCAAAGAGAGACAAAUAAUUGAGCCGAGUCAUGAGUUCGCCGGUGCCUGACUCCGGGAGCCCUUCCCUGCCUCCGCCCUCUCAGUCUCCGAGGAAGAGUCCUCCUCCGGCAUACGCCCGCGCCGCGAAUUCCCCUCCCCGGUCACCGAUCCCACCGUCACCGCCCGUCGCACCGAACAGAGCAGCGCCGGCGCCGGCGCCGGCGGUCACCUUGGGCUCUACGGUAGCGAAGUCGGUGGCAGGGGUCGACGGGCGGGCGGCGGAGAGGAGAUUCAUAGCUGCGCCGCAGUCAGUGAGACAGCGGCCGUGGCCGGUACGUGCGGCGAUCGGGCUCCGUGUUGUGGCGCUGCUGCUGUGCAUGAUCGCCUUCUCGGUGAUGGCCUCCGACAAGACAGAGGGGUGGGCGGGAGACUCGUACGACCGAUAUGAGGAAUUCCGGUACCUGGUCGGAGUGAACGUGAUCGCCUUCGUCUACUCCCUGUAUCAGGUUUACGAGCGGAUCCACCGGAUGACCACCAUGAGCAGCCUAAUCAGUCGCCCGCUUCGUUAUUAUUUCGAUCUCACGAUGGAUCAGAUACUGGCUUAUCUUCUGAUGUCUUCGUCGUCGGCCGCAGCCUCUCGCAAUGACGCAUGGGCUUCGACGUUCGGAAGCGACGCCUUCACGCGCAAGGCAAAGGGAUCCAUCACCGUUUCGUUCAUCGCCUUCUUCGUGUUCGCGCUCAGCGCUCUCAUCUCUGCGCACAACCUUUUCAGGUAGAAGCUCGAUUCUGAUACCUGGCAUGUCAAAUUGAUUAUAUUAUAUGUACGAAGGGUGGCUAUAAAUUGGGGGCAAGCAGCAAUACGCCAAUACGUACGUUCAAACAUUUUUUUUAAGCUCAUAUUUGUAUACCGUUUUGCAAUUGUGUUUGAUUAUUCAAAAUUGUUUGAUGAUAAAAAUUAUAGAAAAGCAUUUAGUUUAUUAUGCACA